AUGGCGGGAUUGUGGCACUACAAGCAUUGCUGGAACACUUCUUUCAAGUUCACCCAAGUCGUCUUAACAACCGCCGACAACAGCAAUGCAGACUGGUUCUACAUUUGUCGAUCCCAUCUUGGCGACACUCAUUUCUGUACAAAGACCGGGGGUUCCUCCUCUCCAUCGCCCAAAUCACCAACAAAGAAAAAGUUCAACAAAGACGAUCAGCCACCAGUCGAGAGUGAUAGCGUAUCUGAUUUGGUAGCAAGUAUUGGAUCAGCAUGGAAUGCUUGGAGGAAAAAGGACAAGAAGGAUGAAGACAAAGAAAAGGACAAGAAGGAUGAAAAGGAUGACAAUGACAAAAAACACGAGGAUAAUGAUGAGAAGAAACAAGAUGAAAAGGAUCCUUCAACACCAACAACACCCACGUUCACUACUCCUUCACCACCACCUCAACCUAUUCGUUUUAUAUUACAACGCGACUAUUAUUAUCUAAGACAGCGUGAGAUGACAAGACGUGCAGAGAAGAAGCGAGCAGGAGAAGCACUCAAAUCAUUGCAGUUUCCCCAAGUACCCAAGGAACGGCCAAAAUAA